AUGGCGCCCGCCCCUCUCAAGCGCAAGAUGUCGUUCGCGACGGUAGAAAGGUAUGAGAAUUUCGGCUGUCUCGAGGAAAGGUUUUCGAAGAUACAGACCGACGAAGUUCUGGAGCAGGAGCUUCAAGAACCCUUGCUAUGCAAGUACUCGGCCCUAGCCAAGUUCCUUGUGUCCAAGAACCCAAUCACUAUUGUCGAUGCCCCGGCAGUACUUCGAGCCAUCGAGGAUCAAUGGCCCAUCUUCCGAAGAAAAGCUCAUUCCCAGUUUCUUGAACGCGUCAUUGUCCAAAUCUCUACGGCUCUGUGCAAACGCGGCGAACCUCAACCACUUACACUCCACGAUCUCUUCCCCUUCCUGGUGGCCAUCAUCGCCGUAACCAAGCAAAAGAAAAGCAUCGACGAGAUCGAUUGGGAUUCUCAUGUCAGAACACUCUUGCUGAUUGCCUUUACCAUGGUCAACGAAGUGAAACAACCCCUCAAAGCCAACCCGUGGCAACCCUGGUGCCAGGGUCCGCCUAACUGGGCUGAAUCGCUGAUCAUUUUCGCUCGUCACGCGGCCGUCUUCUAUGAGGAGAACCACGAAUUCCUAUGCAUUUUCAGGACUUUGGACUUUCGAAGCUACGACAUGCCAGACCUAAGGACUUGGUUGAGCGGGGGAAUAACGGCGGCCAAAGUGUAUAAAUGCCGCAGUUACAAGGAUGCGAAGGACUUCUUUUUCCCAAUGCCCCCAAGGGUUCUUGACAAGUACAAAGAGGGGAUUGAGUGCAUGUGGGAGAAGACACAUGCCGAGAUCUUGUACGCGCAGAAUUGGGAUAAUGGGUGCGACAGCAAUGGGAAGACGUCUAGAGGCGCUAAUGGCGAGACGUCUAUCGACGAGAAUGGAGCGAUUUUGAGCGACGACGACGACACCAGCGACAACGAACAUAGCAGCGAUGACAACUAA